AUGGCUGCCUCGGCAUCGGUGGCACAGGCCGCCAAGAUCGAAAUGAGGGACGUCCUGGAAACUUGCUGCGCUUCGUUGGAGACUGCUGGCUUGAGGAACGUCUUCUAUCCGGCCAGUGACACUUACCAAGUCCGCACGGAAUCGUACUUUUCCGUGUCUUCCCAGUUGCAGCCUUAUUGCAUUGUCCAGCCUGAGACGGCUGAAGACGUGGCCGUCAUCCUGACAACUUUGACUCCUGUCGCGGAUUGCCAAUUUGCCAUCCGAAGUGGCGGCCACACCGUCUGGCCGGCCAACAACAUCAAUGAUGGUGUCACAAUCGACAUGGGACUGAUGAACAAAACCACCUACAUCCCGGACACCAAGGUUGCAAAGAUUCAAGCCGGAGCCAGGUGGAAGGAGGUUUACGGCGCCCUUGAAGCGUACGGCGUGACCGUGCCUGGCGGCCGUACUGCUACUGUCGGUGUAGCCGGAUUCCUGACCGGAGGUGGUAAUACUUUCUAUACAGGCCGCCAUGGGUUUGGGUGUGAUAACGUCGUCAACUUUGAGGUCGUUCUCGCCAGCGGGGACAUCGUCAACGCCAAUGCCAAAGAGAACAGCGACCUGUUCAAGGCCCUCAAGGGCGGCUCUGCGAACUUUGGCAUCGUGACUCGCUUCGACAUGCAAGCCUUUGACUCUCCUCUGCUCUGGGGAGGGCUCGUCACCUACGAUAAGAACACCACCGACGAGCAUAUCGACGCCUACCACGACUGGACGAACAAUAUCGAGAACUACAUGGAUGGCUCGGCUAUUCCUUUCUGGACCUACAGUCCGCAGACCAAGGAUAUUUCCAUCACAGUUGCUUACGAGGACACGACGGGCGCUGUGUCGCCGCCUGCUUUUGAUCAGUUCAUGAAAAUCCCCCAGGCGACGUCUUCAAUGCGCAAAGACUCGCACCGAAACUUGGCCGUUGAGCUCGAGCUGAUCAGUGGCUACCGUAACGUCUGGUUCGCCAUUACUUUCAAGAACGACAAGGCCCUAUACAAGAAGGCCUUGGACCUACACAGGCAAUUCGUCAGCGACUGGAAGGCCCAAUCCCCCGACGGCGACUUCAUCUGCCACGGCAUCUUCCAAGCGAUCCCGACUAUUUUCUCCAAACACUCUGUCGAAAAGGGCGGCAACGUCAUGGGUCUAGACCGCGUAAAAGAUAACGCCGUCAUGUUCCAGGUGCAGCUGAUGAUCAACGGCGUUGAGCAAGAGAAGAUCGCACGGAAGCGCAUGGUCAAGUUCCGAGAGACGAUCAAGAAAUACAGCGUCAAGAAGGGAGGCGCGGUCGACUGGGAGUACCUCAACUAUGCAGACUUCACGCAAGAUCCCCUGAAGACGUACGGCAAGAAGAAUGUCGCGUUUAUUCGUGAGGUCGCUGCUAAGUACGACCCGGAUGAGGUUUUCCAGGACCGAUUGCCGGGAGGAUUCAAGAUCUCUCAUGUCGCUUAG